AUGUUGCUACAGCCGCAAGACGCAACUAGACCGAAACCUGGGAAAAAUCAUUAAUUUUAUGCGCAGGACGUUGCACACAAACACCACAACUUCACCAGACCACUGUACAUGCAAAAAUGGCGGUUUGUCAGGAAACUGCCAAGCAAUCCAUUCGGAAGCAUGUUCUUAUCAUGGCUCUACCAGGCUUCGGCCACUACAUCCCGUCUCUGGAGCUAGCGAAAAGAUUGUCCGGUAUCAUAAUGUUACGUUCAUUCUGUCUAUCCAUUUCUACGAUGAUAUCAAAGAGCGUGUCAUCCUUCCACCUGAACCCAUUAAAACCUAUGUAUUCGACGAUGGAUUCAAUUUCAAUACGGACAAUGAUAUUGGGAUGCUGCGGAUUUUCUUGGAGACGCUGUAUAAAGCCCGGCCCCGUUACGAAGCCUUUAUCAGCAGCCUCAGUACGCGAGGAAAUCCGGAAAGCGGCACGGCUCCUCUGCCUCCGGUUGAUGCCGUGUUCUGUGAUGUGUCCAUGUCGACACCCAUCGAAGCAUGCCAUAAACGGGGAAUCCCAGUCUAUGGAUUCAUUCCCAUCUCGGCCACCCUGUUUGCCCAUCAGAGCUCCGUUAACAAAGACACUCCCGCGCUAUCCGACGACGUAUUCUAUAGCGGAGGCGAGGCCACCAAUCGCUGCGAUAUGAUAGCGGAAAGCUUGAAAACCUGGCAGCUGGAGUUCGGUCCCGCCCAUGCACUCGCCACCGGCUUGCUGAUUAAUUCUUUUGAAGAACUGGAGCCGCAAGCAAUGGCGAUGCUUAAAGCGUUUCCGCAAUUUGAAAAGGUCCCCAUGACAUUUGUUGGCCCUCUUUUGCCACUGGAAAAUUUAAAAUCGGAAGACAUUUUAUCCCAACGGCUACAACACUGGAUGGACAAACAAGAAGACCGCAGUGUGGUGUACUUUUCGUUCGGUACCGCUGCCGUGCCUUCCGCCGAACAGCUUAAGGAAAUCGCUGAGGCGUUGGUAUCGUUAAAGCGUCCGUUUAUUUGGUCUUUGCGGAGCCCACAGCAAACUCUGCUUAGCGAACCAUUCAUACGUACCACAGCGGAAACCAUGACAGAUACGACGCCGUACUUGAUUCUGCCCUGGGCUCCGCAAAAACAGAUCCUUGCACACAAGGCCACCGGCGUCUAUGUCAGUCACUGUGGAUGGAACAGCACGCUGGAAGCUGUGUCGUACGGUGUGCCGGUGGUCGCCUGGCCAAUGUUCGGCGACCAGCACUACAAUGCGACGCUGAUUGAGCAAUGCGGAAUGGGAAAGUGUAUGGCGGUGGCCGGAAUGAAGUCUAGCACAACACCGGCCUCACAAAUUGCGGAGAUCAUCGAGGAGGUCGGCGGCUGCAAUCAUGAAGGAAAGCCAAAGAAACCGUACUUGGGAAAGGCACAGGAACUUGCUGCAAGUGCCAGAAAGGCCUGUGGACCCGACGGGAAGUCGACUAGUAACUUGGAAAAAGUUUUACAGGAAGUCGCUGAAUUUUAAAUACGGUUAGCAGCAUUACAGACCACAGUGCAGGCCUUACUAGUUGUUUGCGCGUGGUAAAAAUAAAACUAAUGACUUUUAUUCUCGUAUCUGGUCAUCGAAUACCGGAAGCUAUGCGGCACUUUUCCGUAUUCUUAACGACAUUGGAUCAACUCGUUUUCCGAAAGCAUGCAACUUUUGUAUUGUUCUUAGUGGGUGCAUGAUUUGUAAUAGACAAAAAAGAAAUUGAACAAG